CGGCGGCGGCGGCGGCGGCGGUAGCGGCGGCGGCAGAGGCGGCAGCGGCGAUGGGACCCCAGCGAGAGAUUUGCGGCUAGCUUGCUAGCUUGCACUUGCUCUGCGGGUCGGGGGGAUCUGAGGGGACAGGUUUGGAAAGAUGAGUUUUUAGAAAGAGAAAUUUCCAAGGAUAGACACCAGGAAGAGGAGGACGACAUCAAAGCUAAGAAGAAUGAGUUCUUGUGCCAACAUUUGUGGGGCCAAACAAGCACAGAAUACACCUGAGGGUGGAUAUCAACGCUAUGGAGUCCGAUCCUAUUUGCAUCAGUUUUAUGAGGACUGUACGGCUUCUAUUUGGGAGUAUGAGGAUGAUUUUCAGAUCCAGAGAUCACCUAAUAAGUGGAGUACUGUUCUCUGGAAGGUUGGACUCAUUUCUGGCACAGUCUUCCUGAUUUUAGGAUUGACCGUUCUGGCAGUGGGCUUUCUGAUACCCCCCAAAAUCGAAGCCUUUGGAGAAGGAGAUUUUGUAAUGGUGGAUUCCCAGGCCAUUCAGUUUAAUGGAGCAUUAGACAUCUGUAAGCUGUCAGGAGCUGUCUUAUUUUGCAUUGGAGGAAUGACCAUGGCUGCAUGUCUAUUGAUGUCUGCUUUUGCAAAAAGCUAUUCCAAAGAAGAAAAAUACCUUCAGCAGAAGUUCAAAGAGAGAAUAGCAGACAUCAAAGCCCAUGCCCAGCCCAUCACAAAAGCUCCAGCCCCAGGGGAAACCAAGAUACCAGUCACUUUGUCCAGAAUUCAUAAUAUCCAGCCUUUAUCAGAAACCUGAAGCAUUGUUCUGCCUCCCUUCUGUAAUUUAGACAUCAGUUAAAUGGGAGAACAUCACCUUUGGUAAUGGCAAGAAUAUGGCGUGUCACACACCACUGGGCAGCAGCUGCCGCCGCCAGCUCUAAAAAAAAGCUGAACAGAACUCAGAGCCACUUGUUUAAGGCUUCAGACAGCGAAUACAUCCCACUCUUUAUGAUGUGUAUUUCCCUUUACUAAACCAGGAGACCCCACAGAAAUACUUGUUGACAUCCUGUGACUUCAUUGUCAUUUUUGUGUUCUUUAAAAGUGCUAUCUAAUGUUAGACCAGCCUUACUAGUGGUUCAACAUCUACCCUUCUAAACAUAAUGUGGUCUGGAUUCAUUUUUAAAUUUUUUUCUAAUACUUUUCUGCUUAGUACUGUUUUCGGUUCCAUCCCUACUGAGUAGUAUAAGAUAGUGUGUCAAGUAUAUUCAUGGAAAAAAGUGGUUUUCCUUAUUCUGACCUACAGCUUUACCUUUUAACUGUAUUACUUAACAUGAGGCUCCUCAUAUUAGAUUCAAAUUUAUCAUCCUUCCUUAUGGAUCCUAUGUGCCCAUGGGGUUUUUUUGUGCAAAAAUGCUAAAAAAUAAUAAUAAUAAUAAUCUAGUUGAAGAUGAUUCAAAAAUAUGAUCAAAAAUUUAAGAAUUCAUUGUAUGGGGAGAGAGCACAAUUGAAAUGAAAAAUAAACUAAUAACAAAACAAAGCAUUACUUGAAGGCAGGAAGCUGGAAUUCUAUUUCCUACUCCACCACUAAUUUAGUUGAAUGACUAUGGGGACCUCUCUAGGCCUCACUACAAAUUAUCUUUAAAAAUGAGGGGAGUUGAACUAGAUAAUCUUAAGGCCCUUUCCAGCUUUAAAUUCUUUGAUUACUGUACACCAUCUGUGAUUUUAUUCUCCUCCUCUGGGGUUUGUUUCAAUAUGUUUGUUCCACAAACCAAUGUCAUAUUUUCACACCUUGAACUCAUUGAAAGCCACAGAUUUGAGAUUCACUUAUACUCUGUAUCCUGUUAUGUUCGAUUGACAAGGUAUCCCAAUACUUGACUUUAACUUGAUACUGAAAGAAGUUUAUAUAAUGCUGUCAUAUUUUUAUAAAGACUAAAGAAAGCCAUCCUCAAAAAAGAAAUCUCUGUGAAGAUACUAACCUGACAAAGAUUUUCCUUCACAAACAACAAAUUUUAUUUUUCCUUGCAAGGAAGUCAUCUCCUCCCUUUACACUUUAAUUUAAUCUGUGGAUUUAAAUUAGGCUGUGAAAUGGAGAUAUAACCAUGGUAUCCUCUCAAAAAUCCCUGCCAACUUAUAUUGCUAUUUUUGAAUGGAUAAAUAAAAUAUAUGAAUGAGCCGAACAUAAA